GAAGCAUGACCAGGACAGCUAAGGUCUCUCCACCAUAUAUAAACAAGGCCUCCUACCAUGCAUGCCUUUAUCAUUAUAAUAUCCUAUACAUAAACUAUCAAUCUCACCAAUAUGGCUGCAUUAUCAGUAUCCAUGAAUCAUGUUACAACAACGAUUAUCUUUGUUGUGUUUUUGGCACAAGUAACUGUGAUGGUCAACGUUUGCUCUGCCAAUGGAGAUCAAUCCAACAUUCUCUGCCAUGAAACUGAAAAGCAAGCUCUUCUGAGCUUCAAGCGGGAUCUUGUAGAUGAUUACAACAAACUGGUGUCUUGGGAUGUUUCUGAAGAAGAAGAUUGCUGCAAAUGGGCUGGAAUUUCUUGCAACACCCUUACUGGCCACGUCUCUGAGCUCUAUCUCAACUAUGGCUCCUUUACAGGCAAGAUCAAUCCUUCUUUGCUUAAUCUCACACAUUUAAUUAACUUAGACUUGAGCUGGAGCAAUUUUGAGGGGAUUAAAAUUCCAAGUUUCAUGGGUUCUUUUGUGAGUUUAAGAUAUCUUAAUCUCACAUGCGGAGGAUUCACGGGAAUGAUUCCCCACCAACUUGGAAAUCUCUCAAGUUUGCUCUAUCUUGGUCUUGGAUAUAAUCAUGACUUAUAUGUUGAGAACCUUCAUUGGGUCUCUGGUCUUUCUUCAUUGAAAUCUCUAGUCAUGGAUCGGGUUAAUCUUAGUAAAGCAUCUGAUCACUGGCUUUUUGCAAUAAACACACUCCCUUCCCUGCAAGAAGUACGCUUGCGCCACUGUCAUCUUGGUCAUAUUCAUUUCCCAUCUCACAUCAAUCUUACAUCCCUUGAGACACUUGACCUGAGUGACAACUCCCUUGAUCUUGGAGGUCCAAUUUGUUAAAUAACCUCUGUUUAUUGUCCUUUAGUUAGUUUAGGCCUUGAUAUAUUUCGGUUAUAUUUUCUGUUAAGGCCUCUUGGCUAACUACUUUUCUGUUUCUCUCUUUCUUGUAAUUGUUUGGUUAUAAAUAAGAGGUUUCUCUCUCAGGUCAACUCAUUCAAUUUUCUGAGAGCUUUCAUCUUAAAUAUCUCUCCUACUUUCUUCUCUGUUCUGUUCUUUACAUGGUAUCAGGCCUCCACGGUCCUACCCUUGUGUUCAUU